UACCAAAAAAUCCAUCUCCUAAUUAAUACAAAUGGCUUCCAUGUUUUUGUAACAAGUGUGCGCUUUUUCGACGAUGCGCUGUGCCGCGGAAAUGAUGAGUUUUGAAAUUGGCGGAGAGAUGAAAAGAGCAUGCGCGUGUAUUUUGAUAACGGUUAGUGUGUGAGUCUCGGAUGGUUUCAUACUGAUCAUUUUUGAGAAAAUAACGGAGACGAAACGUUCUAUGAAAAACUGAGAUGGGCGUGACUACAGAAUCAAAAAGAGGCGCUACAAAGCCGAGGACCAAAUAUUCACCUGAGCAGCUAGAGUUACUAGAGAGCGCUUUCCAGGAGUCACAGUAUCCGGAUACAGAGACAUUAGAGAACCUGGCGGAAAAACUGGACGUCAAUACAGACAAGGUGUCGGUGUGGUUCCAGAACAGACGUUCUAAGUUCAAGAGACAGUCCAAGAAUUCUCACGUGGCCUGGAUGCGAAAGCAAUUUUACAACUCGGACAUGCACAGUCCAUGCCAACUUGCUUCUGGUGAUGGGAAACAGCACGUGUUGUCACCGCCGAAUCAGACACGAGGGGUAGCUGAGAACAUGCAAACCAUGCCAAACAGAAAUUUACAUUACAUGCCAUUGGUCCAUUCGGACAGCAACAUCAACUACGACUACCAGAAAUCCACGAGUCAGUUUUCUUCAAUACCCCGCCAUUUUCCGCUAGGACCAGUCUCGUAUGGCGGCACUCCUUCUGCAAGCAGUUUCUGGGAUCAGAUGGACGCCCAGCAGAGGACGAGGAUCCUGUCCCAUCUUGUGUCCGAACAAGCAGAGCAGACAUACUCCAGACCGAGCUGUCAGUACACCAGCGGACAGGCCCACAGUACAACACAGUUCCCACCGCCCCACAAUGUCGCCUCGGUAACCAACAAUGGACUGGGAUUUUGAGUAAUGGAACUGAUGAAACACUGGUCAAAUGAAGUGCGAUUUUUUUGUGGGUGCCUUGGUUACUUCCAUCCAUAAGUACGGAUGUAUGAUGAAAAAUACUCCAUUUUGUUGUUCGGAAUGAAUAUAAAAACUUACGAUACCUGUAUAUAGUUUCAAUAACCUAGGCAUGGAAUAUUACGUUCUUGUGCAAGCGGUUUUCAUGCGUUUGGUAUACAUAUGUCACAUGUUCUUUUUGCAUAUAAACCAAUGGUGCUAUUAUUUUAUAAAUACAAUCUGUAGUGUUGCAGCAUCUAGGACAUGCAUUAAAUUGAUGAACUGCA